ACACCGGUCCACCGGUACAUACAUACGGUAACAAUAACUUUGACGGCAGGAAUAAGACUUUAUGUUUUGCAGCCGGCGAUGUCAAACUUGUGAAAAAAAAUGGCUCUAACUUUCGGUAAAUCAUUCCGAGUUUAUCACAAACUAGAGCCCCCGUAUUCUGUCAUCUUGGAAACCAGGAAAAGGCAAGAAACGCUGCUGUUCGAAUCCGAUGCAGUGGCAGUUUUAUGUCAGGCGGAGACAGAAACACUAAAAAAACAGUAUCAGAAGUUGAUGGAUGGCUAUGGAUGCCUCGGUGUGCUAAAACUCAACAUUGGAGAGCAAACCAUCCUCUAUCUAGUCAUCGUCACUGGUUGUGUUUCCAUCGGCAAGAUCGGCUCCUCAGAAAUCUUCCGCAUCACGGCAACCUCUUUCAUCUCCCUGAGACAUGACCCCGGCGACGAGGAACGCAUCAGCGAGGUCAGGAAGUUGCUCAGCUCUGGAACGUUCUACUUUGUCUGGUCGAGCUCGGCCCAGCAACAGCCGUUUGAUCUGAGCUUAUGCGCUCAGAGACAGAAUCAGGAGCAUACAACGGAUAACAGAUUCUUCUGGAAUCGCACUCUACACUUGCAUCUCCAACGCUUCAAUGUGAACUGUUCUGAUUGGCUGCUGGUCGUCAUGUGUGGCGGUGUGGAGAUACGCACAAUCUACUGUGGUACAAGGCAGGCCAAGGCGUGCCUCAUAUCACGACUGAGCUGUGAGAGAGCGGGAACCAGGUUUAAUGUGCGGGGGACCAAUGAUGACGGACAGGUCGCAAACUUCUGUGAAACAGAGCAGCUUAUUUUCCUUGACGAUGUCAACAUGUCUUCAUUCGUUCAAACUCGUGGAUCCGUCCCUCUGUUCUGGGAACAGCCUGGGUUGCAAGUUGGAUCCCACCGGGUCAAAAUGGCUCGAGGAUACGAAGCCUCGGCACCUGCUUUUGAUCGGCAUAUGUCCAUGAUAAAGACUCAGUAUGGAGACCAAGCUAUCGUCAACCUCCUGGGAAGCAAAGAAGGGGAAGAUCUUUUGAGCAAGGCUUUCCAGAACCACCACAAGAAUUCCCCGCAUUCCCAAGACAUUCCCCACAUCCUCUUUGACUAUCACCAGAUGUCUCGCCAGAAGGAUUACCUCAGGGUGCUACAGUCCAAGAUACAGAAGUUCCUGGUCGCCUUCGAGUUCUUCCACCUUGAUGAGGGGGACAAGAUUAAGAAUGUGCAGACUGGAACGAUGCGAACAAACUGCCUGGACUGUUUGGAUAGGACCAAUGCUGUCCAAGCAUUCUUUGGACUUCUGAUGAUUCCGAAGCAGCUCGCGGCUUUUGGUCUAGGUAACAAGCCCCAGAUGCUGUCUCGAUUCGAGGAGGUCUACAGGACCAUCUGGGCACUGAAUGGGGAUCACGUCAGUCGAAUCUAUGCUGGUACUGGAGCACUAGAGGGCAGGACAAGGGCCGGGAAGCUGCGUGACGGAGCACGAUCUGUAACUCGCACCAUUCAGAAUAAUUUCUUCGACGGCAGCAAGCAGGAAGCCAUCGACAUCAUGUUGCUAGGCAACUCCCUCGUUGGCGAACUCGCAGACAAAGCAGGGGCACUUUUACCAAAGAGUCAUUUACAUGCCUCUCCCAGUAUUCUCCGUGCAGUGUGUGAGCGUGAAGAUGACAUUACCGACUCUGUGAGUCUGCGAGUAUGUGUCGGUACGUGGAACGUCAACGGAGGGCGCCAUUUCAGGAGUAUCGCGUACAAGAAUCAGUCUAUGACAGACUGGCUGUUGGAUAACCCAGAGGUGGUACAGACUACCAGGCAAGGAUGCUCUGAAGAAGGAGUCGACUUCAAGCAGCCAGUGGACGUUUACGCCAUCGGGUUUGAGGAAAUGGUGGACCUCAAUGCUGGCAAUAUCAUCAGCACAAAUGCUAAUAACCUGAAGCAAUGGAGUAUGGAGCUACAGAAAACUCUAUCCAGGGAUCAUAAGUACAUUCUGCUGACAUGUGAACAACUCGUAGGCGUGUGUCUGUAUAUCUUCAUACGGCCACACCAUGCUCCAUACAUCAGGGAUGUUGGUUUGGAGACUGUCAAGACAGGCAUGAAGGGAGCAGCGGGUAACAAGGGAGCUGUAGCCAUCAGGUUCCUCUUCCACUCCACAUCCAUGUGUUUUAUCUGCGGACAUUUUGCAGCCGGCCAGUCUCAGGUCAAAGAUCGCAACGACGACUACGCAGAGAUCUCACGCAAAAUCAUGUUCCCCAUGGGACGGACGUUGGCAACUCAUGAUUACGUGUUCUGGUGCGGUGAUUUCAACUACCGCAUUGAUAUGGAGAAGGAACAACUUAAGGAGUUUAUAGCUCAGGAAAACUAUGAGGCGUUGAAGAGCUCUGAUCAGUUACUACAGCAAAAGAAAGAGGGAAAUACAUUUCAAGGUUUCCAUGAGGGUGCUAUCCAGUUCGCACCAACCUACAAGUAUGAUCUGUUCUCCGACGACUACGAUACGAGCGAAAAGAAUCGCAGCCCAGCCUGGACGGAUCGGAUCCUUUGGAGGCGCCGUAAGCAGCGAUUCCGAAAGAGAUCAGAAGCUCAAGAGUUGCAGGAGUACUUCGAUCCUGGGAGAAUAUUGCAUUAUGGGAGGGCAGAACUGAAGGUUUCUGAUCACAGACCUGUGGUGGCAGUGAUCGAGAUUGAGAUCCUACAAGUCAAUGACAAGAAACGUUCCAGCGUUUACCACGAUAUUGUCUUUGAGCAGGGUCCCCCCGACGGCACCAUCAUCUUAUCGCUCACUUCACCCGGCAGCCAUGAUACUCAUGAGUUUGAUGAUGAGGCGGUGGAUCAUGUCUUAGAGUUACUGGCAGUUAUUGGAGAUGCUAUUCUGGUGAGGUUUGUUGAGAUGUGUAUGUUGGUGACAUUCAAGGAUGCAGUGAGUGCUCUAACAGCAAGAGAGCUCGAAGGAACCCAGGUUGUUGGGAAGGAGCUGCAUGUGAACCUCAAGACUGAGGAUUGGGUGAACCAACUUGAGAAGGAACUCGCAAUGUGUGCCCCCAACACAGAGAGACUUCACAACCCAGUCAGCAACAGCCUCCUAGGAGAGAGCUUUGAUAUUCCCUCAAUGAGCUUCGACAUGGACGAUGGAGAUUGUGAAUCACUUGAAGACAGUGAGGAAACACCUGUCCUCCCUGCCCCUCUGGUACCCCAACCCGUUACCUCCCGUCCAACAACUCCAAUCAACGACAUCUCAGAACCAUCCUCCGAGUCAACUCAGCCAAAACCGGCCAGACCUUCUCGACCCCCACCCCUCUCUCGCCAAGUCAACGCACCCCCUAGGCCAUCGACACAGCCUGCAAAACCACCUCCUACAAGGCCAAAUGUUGCACCUCCGACACAAGUUGAAGCAGGCUUGGAUGUAGUAUCAAAGGAAGCGGAUGAUUUGCUAUUUGCAGCCCCUCCAUCUAGACCAGGUCCCCCACCCCCAAGGCCAGGUGCACCACCCCCUAGACCUAUAACAGUACCUCCACGUCCAGCACCUAGCCAAGCAACCACAAAGUCAUCAACUUUGAUGCAGUCAAGUGGGAUCAGCAAACCCUUUGAGGUUAGUCACAAAGCACACGCCUCCUCAGAAGAUGAAGCCUUGAAGCUUCUCCAAGACCUAGGAAUGGAUCUCAAGACACCUGCAACCCGCUUCCAAUCCCAUCCCUCAUCUGGGUCAAGGAUGCGUACCGUCCAAAGCUCUGGAGACUUACAAUCCGGGAAAUUCGCCCUGAUUGAAUCAGAAGAUUCCAUGAGGAGAAACGUCAGCGAAGGCAACUUAGAAUUCAUGGACAAUGAUGUUAAUGAGGAACUUAUGCAGAGCUCUGCUCUCGGAGCACCUGUUCCAGUUCCUCGGCGGCCUGUGCCAAGGCCUGUGCCAAGGCCAAGAAGCGUAGUCUUGCCAGCUGCUGUCAAUGAGGAGACAGAAGUCAACAGUUCUGAGUCAAAAGAGGAUGGCGCUAUCGGGAGAAGGCCUCCACCUGUACCCAUAUCAAGACCUCGACAACUUCCUGCAAGUCUUAAUGCAGAUGGUGUUGAAGUGAGUAUGCCAGAGCCUUCCAUGCCACCUCCUCCAGUUCCCAUGACACGGCCAAGGAAGGUUAUUACAGAAGCAGAAACUUCUGUUCCCCAACUGUCUAUGCCAACACUUCCACCACCUAUUCUUCCAUCUCGGCCUAAGCUUUCUUCUGAAGAUUCAUCUGACACAACUCUCAGCUUUGAAAAGUCAUUAAGUCCACUAGAAAUGCUUGGUAACCCUUCAUUCACAACAUCGGGCGAGAACUUUCCUGACGUUCAACCUCAACCUACCAACAGCAAUAACAGUUCUUCUACAAGUGAUAUCACCCCUGAUGACAGACCAAGGAUUCCAAGCGUCCCUACAAGGAGGGCACCACCAGUACCAGCUUCUCGUCCAAGCAUAGUUGGGUCGGACGUGUCAUUAAUGAAUUUGGAUGAGGAGCCAAAACUGCCAAUGGUUGCUCCGCCUCCUGUGCCACCAACUAGACCUUGCCGCCCAACUACUGCCAAGGUACCUCAAUGUGCAACCGGGAAUCCUCUUGACGGAUGUUUAGAAGGACCUGCUGGGGCACCUCCACCGCUUCCAGCAAGGCCAAAUAUUAUCCCUCGCUAAUUUCCAGUACGCAAUCUAUUGGCCUUUCUAUUUUCUUUACCUCCUUUCUGUGCCACGAGCUAGACCUUGUCGCCUAAAUACCGCUGAGGUACCUCAAGGUGCAACUAGGAAUCCUCUUGAUGGAAAUUUAGAAGGACCUGCUGGGGCACCUCCACUGCUUCCAGCAAGACCAAUUAUUAUCCCUCGCUGAUUUCCAGUACGCAUUCUAUUGGCCAUUCUGUUUGCUCCAUCUCCUGUGCCACCAGCUAGACCUUGCCGCCUAAAUACCACUGAGGUACCUCAGGGUGCAACUAGAAAUCCUCUUGACGGAAGUUUAGAAGGACCUGCCUAGGGCAUCUCCACCACUUCCAGCAAGACCAAAUAACAUCCCUCACUAAUUCCCAGUGUGCAAUCUAUUGGCUAUUCUAUUUGCUCUGCCUCCUGUGCCACCAGCUAGACCUUGCCGCUCCACUAUCACUGAGGUACAUCACUGUGCAAUGAGGAAUCCUCUUGAUGGGAGUUUAGAAGGACCUGUUGGGGCACUGCCACCACUUCCAGCUGACAAAAUAUAAUCUCUCGCUGAUUAUCAGUAAGCAUUCUAUAUAAUGGCCAUGCCAAGCAUUUGAAAUACAUGUAGUAGCUAGUCGGAUGAAAGAGCUUCAGACCAUUCAAGAGUGGUAAGAUUUCUUCUUUUUACAUGGUUGAGAAAUUCAGACCUUUAUCAGAGUGUAAAAUGGUGUAAAAUUCAAUAAUACUUUUCAAAAAUAAAUAAUAGAAAUCAGUCUCUUUGAUCGGCCUUGUUUACAGUACUUUUUGUUAAAUCUUUAAAUCUAAUAAGGGCUCUGCUUACCACCGAGUGCUCUGUGACAGUCAUGAUUCCCGCUUAAUUUCUGCGCUAGCCCUGUAAGCGUAGAAUGCCUAGUAACGUGGAGUACACGCAUGCAGAAGCCAAAAUUCGCCGAUAGCCCGUGAAAUACUCUUGCCGUAAGUACAGAAUUCCCUGCUUCCCCAAGUGCCGAUUCUGUGCUCACGGUAAGCAGUGGGUACUUGUAUGGUAGACAGGUAUUCCCUUUUCUAAAGAAAUUCACAGUGGGUACCACUAGAAUAGUGGGGUAACACUGCGCCUUGAACACCCAACAGGGUGGAUACGUGCGCAUUACAAGUCUGUUUAUUAUACAAUAAAGAAAAUCUUCUGGGGUAGUGUUCUAUCAUAAAAAGUACCCCAUAAGUUGGCAUGUGUAAGGGCACUCUGUCAUGAUAGGUGGUAUCGCACACAUCUACAAGAGAAACCUUCUUCACCCACUAUAUUGACCCAAUUCACCUGACGUCAUCAUCAGAAUAAUCUUGGAAGUGCCGUACUGGUGGGCAAUGUAACUGUGUGUUUAAUAUUCAAUAAAAUGCGCACUUAAGGCAACGCAGCGUUUACACUUAAACAUAACUGCCAAAAUGGUGAGCGUGGCACAGUUGUCGCGUGUGACGGGCGUGCAAGGGGUAAAUAUGCUUCUACCAUUUGCAUACUGGGAGGAGUUGUGCCCUGGCAUUUAUCAGCAACUGAAAGAUGAUCGCAAUACUUGGUCCACCAUCCAAUGCUCCGCAUCAACUGAAUAAAUGAAUCAUUCUCUGACAAACCUCAUAUCAGCAAAUUAUCUGAUCAAUGUAUUACACUAUAAUCUUACUUUUAUUGACGGCUAACUUGGGCCAUAC